AUGUACCGAUUAGAAUCAUCCUUACUGGGUCAUGACCAAGACGUCAGAGCUGUCAGUGCUCUUUCCAAUGACUUGGUUCUAUCAGCCGCACGAGACAAAACAGUUCGUAGCUGGAAACGCACAGGACCCAAUAGUUUUGAGCUAAAUCAUACAUUCACUUUCCACGACCACUUUAUCAAUGCUCUUACUACCAUUCCUUCUUCAUUGGAGCAUCCUAAUGGUGAUCCAUUAUAUACAUUGGUUGGCCACACUGAGAAUGUGUGUGCAUUGGAUGUUUCCCCAGGUGGUGACAUUGUAUCUGGUUCCUGGGACAAAAAGGCAAUUGUCUGGAAGAAUUAUCAAAAGGCAUAUGUUCUUACAGGACACGAGGCUGCAGUAUGGGGUGUGCUUGCCUUGGAUGAUGAUGUGAUUUUGACAGCUUCUGCUGACAAGACUAUUCGAUUGUGGAAGCAUGGUAAACAAGUUCAAAUCAUUAGAGGACAUACAGACGUUGUACGAUCCCUUGCGAAAGUUCCUGGAGUUGGAUUCGUUUCGUCGUCCAAUGAUGGAACCCUUCGAGUUUGGUCAUUGGAAGGAGAAUGCUUGCAGGAACUCCAUGGGCACACUUCCUUUGUUUAUUCGGUAGAUGUUCUGAGUACCGGUGAAUUUGUUUCAUCUGGAGAAGAUAGAACUGUACGCAUUUGGAAAGAUGGUGAAUGUGUACAGACUCUUCAGCAACCGUGUAUUUCUGUCUGGACUGUGUCUGUUUUACCCAAUGAUGAUAUUGCUGUAGGUGGAAGUGAUGCAACUGUUCGUCUGUACACCCGUUCUGCUGAACGUUUUGCCCUUGCUGAAGAUCAAAAGGCAUUGGAUGAAGUAUUGGCUAGUCAAUCCAUUCCUUCUAAUCAACUUGGAGAUGUUAACAAAGAAAAGUUACCUGGACCAGAUGCCUUGUUGACUCCGGGAAAGAAAGAAGGACAAGUUAUUAUGGUAAACGCAGGGAAUGGCACAGUGGAAGCUCACCAAUGGAAUUCGUCUACCCAUAACUGGACAAAGAUCGGUGAGGUUGUGGGCGGUGUUGGAUCAGACAAGAAGCAGAUUUACGAAGGCGUUGAGUACGAUCAUGUGUUUGACAUUGACAUUGGUGGUGGACCCAAUGCGAUGCUCAAAUUACCUUACAACUUGAACCAAAACCCGUAUGAUGCUGCACAGAAAUUUGUUACACGCCAUGAACUUUCACAAGGUUUCCUUGAUCAGAUUGCAGACUUCAUUACUACCAAUACCAAACCUGCUGAGAUUGGCCCCAGCACAACCCAAUACCAAGAUCCAUUCACAGGUUAG